CAGAGUUAUAUGUGUUCAACUUCGGUUGGUAAAAUCAAUGAAUCAUGCAAGAAAAGAAUCCUCUCCAUACUAAAAAGAAGUUCACACAAAGACAGAGAGUCGAUGCCUUUGGUUUUCUCAACUCCUACUAAAAGGAUUUUAAGAAGAAAAAAAAACUAAUUUCGUGAUCAUCAAAUGACUAUCUCGCUAACAUUGCGUACCACCAUUCUUAUCUUCCUAAUCGCAUUCACGUGCUCCAACCGAUGCACAUCGCAUCCCCGACUUGCGCCAAGGCUACUACACUCAAAAUCAAACAAAAUUCAAGAAUCACCAAAGAAAAAUACAGGUUACUUGCAUUCCAAGCCACCUCCCGCUUCCCGUCUAGAUAACAAGUGGACCACAGACGCAGUGAGUAUCAUCUCACAUAUAACUCCUAUCACACGUCCAGCAGCAUUCCUCGCGAACAUCUCUAUAGGCAACCCACCAGUCCCACAACUUCUACUCAUAGACACAGGUAGUGACUUGACUUGGAUCCAAUACCUUCCCUGUAAAUGUUACCCUCAGUCAAUCCCAUUUUACCGACCUUCAAGAUCUUCCACUUACCGUGACGCUUCGUGCGAAUUCGCACCACACGCCAUGCCCCGAAUCUCCCACGACGAAAGGACCAAAACUUGCCAAUACUACCUCCUUUACCGCGACAAUUCAAGCACUAGAGGUACCUUAGCUGAAGAAAAGCUCACGUUUCAGACAUCAGACGACGGUUUGGUCUCUAAACAAAACAUUGUAAUAGGCUGCGGACAAGACAACUCCGGUUUUACUCAGUACAGCGGCGUGCUAGGUUUAGGUCCAGGUAAGUUCUCCAUAGUAACCCGCAACUUCGGCUCUAAAUUCUCUUACUGCUUCGGUAGCUUAACCGAUCCGACCAACCCGCACAACAUUCUUAUCCUCGGAGACGGCGCCAGAACCGAAGGCGAUCCAACCCCUUUACGUAUAUUCCAAGACCGUUACUACCUUGACCUCCAAGCAAUCUCCUUAGGUCAUAGACUUCUCGACAUCAAACCCGAUGUUUUCGAGAGAUAUGGCUCCCAAGGAGGGACCGUCAUCGACACGGGUUGCUCACCGACGAUCCUAGCUAGAGAAGCUUACGACACACUCUUCGAAGAAAUCGAUUUUAUUCUAGGAGAUGUACUCACACGCGUUAAAGAUUGGGAUCAGUACACGAAGCCUUGCUAUGAAGGGAAUAUGAAACUUGAUCUCUUAAAGUUUCCCGUCGUCACGUUUCAUUUCGCCGGCGGCGCUGAGCUGACGUUAGACUUUGAGAGUUUGUUUGUUGAAAGUGACAAUGGAGAUAGAUUUUGCUUGGCCUUGAGUAUGAACACGUUCGAUGAUAUGAGUGUUAUUGGUGCCAUGGCUCAGCAGCAUUAUAAUGUUGGUUAUGAUCUUCUAACCAUGAAUGUUUAUUUCCAGAGAACUGAUUGUGAGAUUCUUGAUUCCUAACAUAAAAAAAGAUCUCUUCAAUUGAUAUUUUUUAGAAAGAUUAGUAGGUAAUUAACAGAUAUAAUGCA